AUGUCAUUGGUACAAAUUACUAUAGAUUGUGAUAAUAGAAAUAGUAAAUCUGAGAUUGAAGACAUAAGAAAUAUGAAUUCUAAGGAUAAGAUAACAGCCCAAGAAAUGUAUAUGAAACUUAAAGAGUUCUCACUAUCUAAAGAAAUCAAUGAUGAUGACAUUCCUCAA